GAAAUUUUUUGUUUUUUUCUCUGGUUUUAUCGCAAGAAAAUAAAUGGUCAAACGAUUCGCAAAAAAUACAGGUCCCCGAAAUGCAGCACGCCCGCCUGGGGGCGGCAGGGCGGAGCUCGAGGUCACGUGAAUAUCUGGGCCCGCCCCCCUCUGCAGCUGAAGACUUCCCCGCCCGCUGUGACAGAGCCUCUGGUCCGUGAUCGGUACUGUUUCUGCACCUCGCGCCCCGGCAGAGGCCCUGCUCCGUCUUUAUCUUCAGCCUUGAGCUGGGAAGCUGGGAGGUAAAUUAACAUGAUGGAUUUCUCCAAGCUACCCAAAAUACUUGAUGAAGAUAAAGAAAGCACGUUUGGUUAUGUGCACGGGGUCUCAGGACCUGUGGUCACAGCCUGUGACAUGGCAGGUGCGGCCAUGUAUGAGCUGGUGAGAGUGGGCCACAGUGAGCUGGUUGGAGAGAUUAUCCGAUUGGAGGGUGACAUGGCUACUAUCCAGGUGUAUGAAGAAACUUCUGGUGUAUCUGUUGGAGAUCCUGUACUCCGCACUGGUAAACCCCUCUCAGUAGAGCUUGGGCCUGGCAUCAUGGGAGCUAUUUUUGAUGGUAUUCAGAGACCUUUGUCAGAUAUCAGCAGUCAGACUCAAAGUAUCUACAUUCCCAGAGGAGUAAAUGUGUCUGCUCUCAGCAGAGAUGUCAAAUGGGAUUUUACACCUUGCAAAAACCUACGGGUUGGUAGUCACAUCACUGGUGGAGAUAUUUAUGGAAUUGUCAAUGAGAACUCACUCAUCAAACACAAAAUCAUGUUACCCCCACGAAACAGAGGAACUGUAACUUACAUUGCUCCACCUGGAAAUUACGAUACCUCAGAUGUUGUCUUGGAGCUUGAAUUUGAAGGCGUAAAGGAAAAGUUUAGCAUGGUACAAGUAUGGCCUGUACGUCAAGUUCGGCCAGUCACUGAGAAGCUGCCAGCUAAUCAUCCCUUGUUGACUGGCCAAAGGGUUCUUGAUGCCCUUUUUCCAUGUGUACAGGGAGGAACUACUGCAAUCCCGGGGGCUUUUGGCUGCGGGAAGACAGUGAUAUCACAGUCCCUGUCCAAGUAUUCCAACAGUGAUGUGAUCAUCUAUGUAGGAUGUGGUGAACGAGGAAAUGAGAUGUCUGAAGUCCUCCGCGACUUUCCAGAGCUCACAAUGGAAGUUGAUGGUAAGGUGGAAUCAAUUAUGAAGAGGACAGCUUUGGUAGCCAAUACCUCCAAUAUGCCUGUUGCUGCUAGAGAAGCUUCUAUUUAUACUGGAAUUACGCUGUCAGAAUAUUUCCGUGACAUGGGUUAUCACGUCAGUAUGAUGGCUGACUCUACCUCUAGAUGGGCAGAGGCCCUUAGAGAAAUCUCGGGCCGCUUAGCUGAAAUGCCUGCAGAUAGUGGAUAUCCUGCAUAUCUUGGUGCCCGUCUGGCCUCUUUCUAUGAGCGAGCCGGCAGGGUGAAAUGUCUGGGAAAUCCUGAAAGGGAAGGAAGUGUCAGCAUUGUAGGAGCGGUUUCUCCGCCUGGUGGUGAUUUUUCUGAUCCAGUUACAUCUGCUACUCUUGGUAUUGUUCAGGUAUUCUGGGGCUUAGAUAAGAAACUAGCUCAACGUAAGCAUUUCCCCUCUGUCAACUGGUUAAUCAGCUACAGCAAGUACAUGCGUGCCUUGGACGAGUACUAUGACAAACACUUCACAGAAUUUGUUCCUCUGAGGACCAAAGCUAAGGAGAUUCUGCAGGAGGAAGAAGACCUGGCAGAAAUUGUACAGCUUGUGGGAAAGGCUUCUCUAGCCGAAACAGAUAAAAUCACUCUGGAGGUAGCAAAACUUAUCAAAGAUGAUUUCUUACAACAAAAUGGAUAUACUCCUUAUGACAGGUUCUGCCCAUUCUACAAGACGGUCGGGAUGCUGUCCAACAUGAUCGCAUUUUAUGAUAUGGCCCGUAGAGCUGUUGAGACCACUGCACAGAGUGACAAUAAAAUUACGUGGUCCAUUAUCCGUGAGCACAUGGGAGAGAUCCUCUAUAAACUUUCCUCCAUGAAAUUCAAGGAUCCAGUGAAAGAUGGUGAGGCAAAGAUCAAGGCCGACUAUGCACAACUUCUUGAAGAUAUGCAGAACGCAUUUCGUAGCCUUGAAGAUUAGAACUGUGAUUUCUUUCCUUCUUUUCCUGAGCAAGCUCGUCUCGUAUGUGUACAUUUUCCUAAAUUUCUCAUCGCCAAACCCUUUGCUUCCUUAUUGUGCAGCUUCGAGGCUAGUGCCUGUGUGUGUUACCAUUUGUUUCCCUGUUUACCUGGUAGGUCUUAUAUAAAACAAACAUUCCUUUCUUCCAGUGUUUGAAGGGCCUCCGUGAUCCUUUCUCCGAAGUGGUGAAUGUAGUAAAUAUGAUAUAUAAUGGCUACACUACUGUAAACUUGUCUGUAGGGUGACAUCUCUCCUUGUCCUAGGUUUACCCUUUCCUCAUUGCCAUUAAAUUGUAAACAGGACUACUGCAUGUACUCUCUUUGCAAUAGAUUUGGAAUGGAAGGCCAGAUUUCUAUACAUUUUGACAGGUAACUUUGUGAAAUGACUCAAUAUCUGUGUGGUAAGGUUAUUCGCAGCUUAGCGUUUUGCUAAGUAACUGCUUUGCAGGAUAUAACUGCUUUUUUUAAAACGUGAAUGAUUAAUGUUCCAAUUAUGCAUUGCUUCCCCCAGUAUAAAUCAGGAAUGUUUAUAGGAAACUGUUGGAAACUCUACUGUUUUUGAAACAGGCGUUUGUGGGACUCAGCACAGUUUAUGAAUCAGUACCCUCCAAAAAAGUGGUAAAGGAGCCAGGUGGUCAAACUUAAACAUCCUCUUGUUAAAGCAUAUUGUAUUUCAGUGUGAAAAGUUCAGUAUCAAGGACUAUACUACUGCAUUACCGGGAAAUUCUUCUUAAAAUCACAUUUAAAACAAUCACUGGGAACUUGAAUCACAUCACACCCUUUUCUUUUUCUCAAAUGUCUUAGAAGCCUGAGCUUCUGAGAAUCUCAUGGGGGGGUGGGUAAAAUGCCACCGAGAAGGGGUUCAGUGUGGUUAAAGGCUGUUCGCACCAUUAAGGACCAGCUGGACUGUAGUGAUGCUUGGGGCCAGAAUGGCAUUGUAUUUUUACAAGGUAAUGAUAUGUGUCACGUGUUUGCAUGUUUGUUUGUUUCGUGAACUUUUGAACAACCAGUUUACCAGUUUACCGGCUCAAGAGUUUUCCCAGAAUAUCUGUAGCAAUAGCAGCAUAACAGUUUCCAUUCUAUUUAAUAGGGAUGAGAUUAAUUCUUACAUCUGCUGAUGACAGAAUCUGGGUCACGUGAAAAAAAGAUAAUUUCAUCCUGUCUUUUCAGUAUAUGUUUUUAAAUAAUUUCUGUGUCUGUGUAAGGCACACUGCAGAACAGCUCUGAGAGCAACUGUUUCUCAUUAACUCUUUCUGACCAAUAGUGCUGGCACCAUUGUUUCCUCUUUGGGGAGAGGAAAGGGUAUGUGAACAUGUCUAACAAUCUCAAAUACCCAAACAUAAUAGCAUAAAUAAAGUAUUUAUUUUAUGCCUCAGCAUAUUAUUAUUUAAUUUUUAGGUAACGUGUUUCUUUUGGUCCGUUAAGGAAAGAUGCCGUGAGUAGACAGUUCAGCGAUAGUGUGUUGAAAUCCUUGCGGAUUGCAUGUUUUGACAGUGGCUUGUUCUUCAGGAUAGAUAUUCUUCCAUGCAGUUCUCUCUCUUUUUUUUUUAACCUUUCCAAAUACUGGAAGAUAAAAAUUAUGCGGUGAUUUGUUGAAAUGCGGACUUAAUGGUGCUGCUUUAUCAGUUUGCUUCCAAUGUGGCCUCCUACCCAGAGGCCCGAAGACCAAUGGAAAUGAAAAGGAUUUCAGAAAUGUUCUAUUCCUACCUUAAACCUACCAGCAAACUAGGAUUGUGAUAGUAAUGAAUGGUAUGAUGAAGAAAGUUUGACCAAGUUUGUUUUUUGUCGUUCUGAAUUUACGAUGUAAUUCCUACUCCCUUCUAAGAAUGUUGUUGUAUGGGAGUGAAGAUGCUAGAGAAGAUGCUCUGAUAUUCUUUGUAAGUGUCCCUCCACCUUUGUGUUGUAGAAUUUCAAAUUGGUCACUGAUCAUAUUUCUUUGGUAAGAAUGUGUUAAAAUUACAACAAUCUUUUAAAAAGAUGAUGCAGUUCUAUAUUUAUUGUGCUAUGCCUGGUCCUGAGUGGAGCCAGUUAAACAAGUUUCAUAUGUAUUUUUCCAGUGUUAAACCUCACACAUUGUACCCUUUGGAAAUUUCCUUCCAUCUUGAAGAACGAAUAGAAGAGGCCAUAUAUAUUGCCUCCUUAUCCUUGAGAUUUCACUAUCUUUAUGUUCAAAGUUGUGUAUAAUUGUUAAAAUCUAUGAAAGAAUAAAAAGUGGAUUUAAAUUAA